AGCAGGCGCCGCCGCCUUCCCCUCGGUGGCCGACGCCAUGGCCCUGCUGCUGGAGUCCGAGUUCAAGGUGCUGCCGGCCGACAAGCAGAUCGAGACGGAGCCCUUCCUCGAGGCCGUCUCCCACCUGCCGCCCUUCUUCGAUUGCUUGGGGACCCCAAUCGUGUAUGCGCCUGUCAAAGCUGAUCUAACUGGUAACAUUAAGAAAAUCCGAGCGGUUUAUGAGUCCAAUCCCACCAAGUUCAAAACCCUGCAGAACAUCCUGGAGGCCGAAAAGGAGAUGCACGGCUCUGCUUGGCCCAAGGUUGGGGCCACGCUGGCCCUCAUGUGGAGGGAGAGGGGCCUGAAGUUCAUCCAAGUGCUGCUGCAAAGCCUGUGUGACGGCGAGAGGGACGAAGACAACCCCAACCUCAUCCGGGUGAAUGCCACCAAAGCCUACGAAAUGGCCCUGCGGAAGUACCACGGCUGGAUCUUGCAGAAGCUCUUCUUGGGCUCGGUGUACGCUCUCCCCUACAAAUCGGAUCUGCUGAAGGCCUUGGAGCAGGGCAAAGAAGUGAAGGAGGAGGAGACCUUGGAGAAAAUCCACCAGUUCCUAACCAAAGUGACGCCCAUCCUGGACGCGAUUUAUGAGAUGUACACAAAGAUGAACGCUGAGCUGAACUAUAAGGCCUGAGGGAGUCUUCCCCGUCUCAGCCAGGCCUGGAGGAGGCCUUCCGCUUCCCUUGGGCGAGGUCAC